GGUGUUGUUUUACUCCAAAAAUCGAUAAUCGGAAAAAUUUAUUAUCGUAAUUCAAACAUCGAGCGACAGGCGGACAUCAUCGAAAGAAGACAUUGAAUUGAUUCCCGAUUUGCAUUCGAUUUCAAUGAGGUCUUUUCUACUUUGUCAAUUCCUAUUGCUACCAUUUCUUCUCCAUCAUCUCAACGCCCAACCUAAUGACCCUCUAACCGCAGCUGAUCCAGGAAAAACUAGUGGAGGAGGUGGAGAUCCCCCUGCUGGAGGCCAACCAACUCCUGGAGACGCUGGAAACCCAAAUUCGCAAGCUGGAGAUUCUGGAAAGCCCAAUCCACCAGCUGGAGAUCCUACGAAGCUAAAACCUGGAGGUGGAGGCCCUGCUGGAAAACCUGGUCCAAACGCUGGAGACACUACGAAACCAAAUUCGCAGUCUGGGGAUCCAAAACCUCGAGGUGGAGACCCUGCUGGAAAGCCCAAUCCACCAGCUGGAGAUCCUUCGAAGACAAAACCACAAGGUGGAGACCCUGCGAAACCAAAACCACAGACUGGAGAUCCAUAUGCCACCAACUCUACGGUGAAACCAGCAACUGCUCCGGUAACUCCAGAGCCAACUGUAAAGAACACAACGGCCGCUGAGCCAACUACAGAAGCACCACCUCCUCCGACUACAAAAGCACCACCUCCUCCAACUACAAAAGCACCACCUCCUCCAACUACAAAAGCACCACCUCCUCCAACUACAAAAGCACCACCUCCUCCAACUACAAAUAAGGAGGUGACUACAGUAGCACCAGUACCUAAGCCGGCUCCAGUUACCGCCCCAGCUCCAAAUCCGCCUGCACCUGAAAAUACGACUGCAAAAGUGGAGACAACUAAGCCAACAAAAGCUGCGCCGCCUGCGCCGACCCCGGUGCCUAACCCGGUGCCGAGCCCGCCUCCGCCUCCUGCAAACACAACUGUAACCGAGGAGAAGACUACAGUACCACCAGCUACAGAUGAACCAGCACCGAAAACUGUUGCCACAACUGAGAAUCCGAAACCAAUAGACAAUUCUACUCCCCAAAAACCACCCAAUCCACCAGUGCCAAUUGUUGAAAAUACGACAAAAGCUCCAGGGACUGGCAAAAUUGCCAGCAAUCACACUGAAGAAGGCCCAAAGGAUCUAGGUUCUGGUACUCCAGAUGCUCAAGCCCAGAAUGGAACAAAGUCAGCGGAACAGUUGAAGGAAGAGGAGAUUAACAAAAAGAAAUUCGUUUACGAGUUGUCAGCGUGCUCCGGACUCAUCAUUGUCAGUGUUGCCGGCUACGUGGCAUCGUUCUUGGCACAUGAUUAUGCGAAGCAGAUCGUGAAAUCCAUCAAGCAAUCGAAUAAGAAGCUCAAGUGAAAACUGAAAACUGAUUAAAUAAAAAAGUAUUGGAAAAAUU